GCCGCCGCCGUGCUUGACAGUUGACAUUGACAGUAGAUCCAAAAUAAAUAAAAAUUACAAAAAUGAAAAAUACAAAUUCACAAAUUAAAUAAUAAAACAAGAGACUAUAAUACUUUGUUUGCUUAAAGAAAAUUAAUUUAUGCAGCUCUCUAUCCGUACAGUUAUCCUUUCAAGACAAAUGAGUAACACAACAGGGGUUAUAGCUAAUUCUAUACGCAAUAAACUACAGAUUGCGUUACAAGCGAAGCAUAUGGAAGUUAUAAAUGAGUCAUAUAUGCACAAUGUACCAAAAGGCGCGGAAACUCAUUUCAAAGUCGUCGUAGUAUCUGAUAAGUUCGAUGGUUUAGCCUUAAUCAAGAGACAUAGGAUGGUGAAUGACUUAUUGAAGGAAGAGUUACAAAAUGGUGUCCACGCCUUGUCCAUUGUCGCCAAAACGCCGCAGCAGUGGGAAACAAGUGACCAAGUUAUAGAGAGCAGUCCAAAUUGUAGGGGCGGCUUUGGGAAAUAAGUUGUUAAGUUUAUUAAGUUAACAGUGGCGUAACUACAGGAUGGCAAGCAGUGGCUUGCAUUUCAUAGAUUAAAAAAGGCAUUGCCUACCUUAAGGAUCCUGCAUAGAAGAAGGAAUUUUUGAAUUUGUUCAAUUUGUUUGUGCUUACCCUAGUUAAAAACCACUGGUAGCGGAACUGACACUGAAAAAAAUUUGUAAUGAAGGUUUUUGUGUCUCAUCAAAUUAAAACGCUAUGUAGUCAAAUAAAUAAAACAUAAUGAAGUAAACCUUUGUAUUGUUGGUUCAGAACAUAGAUAUAAUGUUCAGAACAUAAGUGAGUCACAGCACCAUUUUUGAUUCAAUAAUGCAGUUGCAGUACUGUAUAAUAAUGCAAAAAUACACUGCCUACCCUGAAGACUCAUAACCAACCUAUAUUAGAGAAGGAAUUCUCCAUUUUGUACAAUUAUUCACAGAGCCCUACCCAAACACCUUAGAUACGUCACUGAUAGUUACGCCACUGGUUCUUACUCUUAUUUUGUAAAUAGAUAAAGGGCUACCUACCUAUUAACAUUUAUUUUUUAUCCUAGUAAAAAAAAUUGUAUUAUAAUGAAAUAAUCCCACUUCUGAAUUUGCUUGCAUCUCUCAUGUCCUCCGUUAUGUUGCACAAUCAGCCAUGAAAUAGUAGUAUGUUAUUCUUAAAUGUAGCAGUAAUAACUACUAAUAAAUAUCUCUAUUAUUGUCAUUACAAUAAAAAAAAAUUUAAAUAGAAAUUUAGCAACACUAACAACAAAUAUAUUUUAUUAUGUCUUCAAAAGAGUUGCUUUUAAAAAAGUUUACCAUACAUCAUUUCACCCAACUGAUUGGCGACUUGUCUGUUUUAUUUAAAAUAGCUGUUUCUGUUGAAAAUAAACUAUUGUGAUCUGUU